AUGUCCGCCGAUUUCUGGGCUGGCUACCUGAGCGGUGCCAUUGGGAUCAUCAUUGGUAACCCGCUCGACAUCAUCAAGGUUAGACUACAGGCGGGACAGCAUGCAGAAGUCGCUGCAUCCUCAACAUCCCAGCAACUGAGCCGCCUAGAAGGCAUUACAUCGCUUGUACGAGGCUCGGCCGCUCCGAUACUGGGAUAUGGAGCCCUAAACGCUCUGCUCUUCGUGGCCUAUAACCGGUCAUUGAUGGCCUUGGACACCACCAUCACAGAUCCGACCAAUCCACAAGCCACGUCUCUGUACAAGGUAUGGCUUGCCGGUGCUGCAGGUGGAGUAGCCAGCUGGACUGUAUCGUCUCCAACCGAGUUCAUCAAAUGUCGAGCCCAACUGGACACUCGGCCCGGUGUCUCCUCCUGGAACGUUGCCAGAGAUAUUAUUAGUACCCGAGGCUGGAAGGGCCUGUACUACGCAGGAGGGAUCACUUGCGCCAGAGAUGCCAUUGGCUAUGGAUUUUACUUCUGGUCUUACGAAUACUGCAAGCGCCUCAUGAACUCCGAGGAUGAUAGUGCGAACCUGGCUGCAUUGAAGAUCCUCCUCUGCGGUGGCAUUGCUGGCGUGGUGACCUGGGCUUCAGUCUUUCCUCUAGAUGUGAUCAAGACGAGACUGCAGGCCGGGACAAUCGAGACAUCCCCUCAAGAUCGUCCACUGUUGUCGUCUUGCUCACAGACACGCGCUGCAACCUCAUUCCAACUUGCAAAAGAAGUCUAUCAGACCGAGGGGCUAAAGGCCUUCUACCGCGGUCUGGGGGUGUGUAGCUUCAGGGCGUUCAUCGUCAAUGCAGUUCAGUGGGCAACAUACGAAUGGCUUAUGAAAUACCUACAAAGUUCAUGA